UGCGCGCUGCUUCAUAACAUUGAAAAUCCAAGAUGGCGGAGCAAGGCAGGAGCCGAGUUGAUGGCGCUCCUCGCGAGACUGCUGUCGCUGUCAACCCAGAGAGGCCUGUCCCUAUGAAAUUAUUUGCUACUUGGGAAGUAGAGAGAACAUCGCCCUAUUGUAUUCCACGUACAUGUAGCCUAAAGCUUACACGCCUUGAAGUACUAAAACCCUUGGAAGCUAAUCUAAGAGAAGUUAUUAUAGCUGUUUCUAUGCAGAGCUCACGUCGGACUCUUAGAUCUAAUGAGAUCAUCCUUCGCCAGUCAGGACUAAUAGACACUGUGCUGGACUUGUCUUUCUCUUUGCAGUAUCCCCAUUUCAUCAAAAGAAAUGGCAACAAUCUGCAAGUGAUGCUGCAAAGGCGGAAGAAGUACAAGAACAGGGCUAUUCUUGGCUUUAAGACACUUGCAGUGGGCCUUGUCGACAUGGGACAGGUUCUACAAUUUAACAUGGAUAACCAGCUGAAGCUUUACGUCAAGGGCAACUCCUCCCACGUAGCUCAAGUCACUGUCAGCUCCCUGACGAGUCAGCCUGUAGAUACUGAGAGUGAUCGCGUACAGGGAUCCACCACCGUGCCCAACAUGUCAUAUGUUCGUGACGGGGAGUCUAGUGACGAUGAUGAUGACUACUCACUCUCUGAAAAUAGUGAUAGUGGCGCUGAUCCUGAUCUGAUUGAGGAAGACCAAAGACAAGCUGGAAAAAUAAGGCAAAGGACCAUUGCAUCUAAAAAUCAAAGAAAUUUCAAGCAGAAGUUUAUUGCACUCCUGAAAAAGUUUAAGGUGGCAGAUGACGAGCUAGGAGACCAGCAGGACCAAUUCCUGGACAUGGACAUCAGCCCCCCUGAAAUAGAGGCUGCUGAUGAUGACUUCAUGUAUGUGGACGACUUAUAUGAUGAUGAUAGUGACAUGGACAACCUUCCUGAAGACACUAUUUCCAUCUCAUCCACGCCGAAGCCAUCGUUAAGACCAUUCUUUGAUGCCCGAAAUUCAAGUGAAAAUGUACUCAAGAAGGUGGUGAUUAAGGAAGAAGAUGACCAGCUUAAACAGAUUCUGUCUCAGAUUGAGAGCGAUGAAAAUAAUGCUUCCACCGAUCCAGAGACGCAUCUAGACACCUUGACACCACCGUCUGAUGUGGAUUCACAUUCAGAUUCGCCAUGUUCUGAUCCGGGCGUGCCCGACCAUGAUCCUGUGGUUCGAAGAAGCGUGUCAUUCAAAGAGAGAAGACAUCGCAGCGAGACUGCACCUGAGGCCAGCAACAAACGACGAAAUAGCGACGUCGAGAUACAGCUGCCCAAGCGCUCCCUGAGUGACCAGCUGACGUGUGUACUUCCCCUAGAAGACGACAUCCCCGAGAGUAUCUUGCUCGUCAAUACUGCAGAGUGGCAAGGACAGCUGCUUGCUCUCAAGCUUUGGGACGAGGAAGUCAAGAUGAUCUGCACUAGAUGUAGCUCAGACAUCCAGGCUGUGUUUGCGGCAAUUGUAAACAAAUACCAAAAAUUUUGUAAUACACACUCAGAUGCUCCCCCAAACUUGCGUAUUGGUAUAGCUGGUACAGAGCCAUAUAUCAGUUCCAUAUUGCGACCUUAUGUGGAGCAUCUUUCAUCUAAACCGCCUGAAUGGCAGACCUAUAUUCGCUUCCUGGUCAUCCCACUUGGGACGCAGCCACUUGCAAAGUACAUAGCGUCACUAGAUAGUACAUAUAACUCCAUGUUCCUGGACAGCCACUGGAGGGAAGCAUUUGUCACAUCCCAGCCUAAAGUCGAUUUUGAUUUGAUUAGAGAACGGGUGGCAAACUUCAUGUCUGCACCCACCUUUACUUACAACUUGCCCAUAGCAGAAGCGCUCAUCAACACCAAGGCCAAAGGGAUGGAGGAAGGGUCUGCACAGUUGUUCUUACCAUUUGUUUGUGAUGUAAAGAUUGGAUCUAUGGAUACAUCACAAGAUGAAGAAGUUGUAACAACCAUCGGCUCACCUUCUACUAGUGGAGUCACGAUCACAGGGACCUCUCUUAGAGGGGACUCCCAGGCCCCUGCUGUGAGUGGUUCCCAGUCUCCUCCUUUGACGUCAAGCACCCCGCCAAUGAAUCCUAGCAAUCCAAUUCAUGUUUCACCUGUUGCGGCUCCCCCGGGGAGUUCUGGGAUAGGCUCUGAGUUGAUGGAUCUACAGGUGGACUACUGGCUUGUCCCCAGUACCAAGAAAGAGGUUACCAAGUCUUCUUUAAAGACAACGUUCAAGUCUCUAACGGUUACCAGACUUCCCUCGGCAGAGGAGCCAUCUGCUCUGUCGCUUCAGGCGAUCACGAAAGAGCGUAAACAGAGAGGGUUUGAGGCAAUGAUGCGUUCAAUGAAGAAGACGAAAGAGAAAGAUUCCGAUACACGGAACCAGCCUGUCGUAGCAAGCGUCUCCAAGCUCAUCUGUACCACAAAAGGGCAAAGCAACACCCUUAACGUGAUGAUAGACGGUUUUCCCUGGAGUGGGGUCAAGUUCUUCUCGCUGUCCUCUCAGUGGCCAACACACGUCAAGCAAUUCCCAGUCGGUCUCUUUACACGGGUCGAACAAUGAACGUUUUUCAAGUAAAUGGGCCUUUUUUCAGAUGAUAGACUUUAAACGUGAAAGCGAGGCUUUUGGAGCUUGUAUAUUUAUAGUCGUAUUGCUUUUAACAUUUUUUUGUUUUACAAUAAAGCCUUAAGCUAAACAUCUGGCUAAAAAAACUUGAAAUGUAUGUUUGUUCUAUAAAAACAAAAAGCUGCAAAUCAUUGCAAGACUAUGAACAAACUCCGGACUGCCAAAAACUCGCUUUCAACCUCAAGUUUAAUCAUCUUGAAACGGCCAAUUCGUGCAAAUCCGAGUUAAAAGAACUUAUUGUACUGAGAACGUGGUGAAAGUAAGUGUAAUAAUUUAAUAUUAGUUUUCACGGCUAAUCAUAUUCGCUAUGUUAUAUUGUGAAAGAAAAUAGAAUUUAAAAAUAGGAUUAUACUGCAAAAUAAUUAUUCAGAGCUUCGAGCACCCCAGUGGUCCAGGCAUUUUAUGUUUUGGUCCAUUGCUAAUUGCAUGAAAUGGUUUCCCUUCGCAAUAUUUGUCUAGUGUGUAAAACUGAACCUUAUUUGGUCGAACCUACCGCUUUGGAAUCCUUUAAUAUAACGUAAUUACUCACAAUGCUGUACUCAUUGGGCAUUGCUGUCGAGUUUUGCGCUCAUGAUUAACAAUAAAGUCAAAGGCGGCUGACAAAAGAUUAUGUUUGUCGCAACUUAAAUUCGGAAUGAAAUGUAUUUUUAGGACUCUUAGCGUGUUAUCGAAUAGUUCUUGUACCGAAAUCUGUCGAGACUUUUUGUUGCAAUUAGUGAUUUAACUACAUUUUUAAAAUAAAAUGCCUGAACUACCCGGCCAAAAAUAAAUUAGAAGCUUUGGAUAUAUAUUGAUUCUUAUAUAUCGAUACCUUAUUUUUGCACACAUCACAGGCCGUUUUCCAGAUGUGUGGAUUUUGAUAAUAAAAUCGAGGCUUUGGUAGUAGAUCUGACGUUUUAUAUAGCCGUCUUGGACUUUUAAUUUAUUAUUUUUUUCUUUUGUUUUAUAAAAAGCCUGAAGCUAAACAGCUGGUUUCGGGCUUUAAAUGCUGUAGUUUGGUCAAAAAUAUGGCCGAAAAUAACUGCAAAUUAGGUGAAGACAAACUCUGCCGAAGCCUCGCUUUCGCUCUGAACUACAAACAUCUGGAAACCGGCCAUUUGUGAGAAUUUCCAGGAAAUUCAUUAUUGUGAUUCGAUGUUGUGUCAUUGACCAUUGACCGCUUUAAGAGCAGCUUGAAGACAGCUUCCAGUGAAGAAGCAGAACCCAUUGAAGUGCGAUGCUUUUGAUGACAAAGUUGUUGAGCAUAGUCCCCUUAUCGAUUUGCUGAAUGUUAUAUAUGUAUUUAUACUAUAUACAAAUAUUAUAAAUAUAUGUUCCUUUUAAGAUAUCUGAAAUGUCACCUAUUUCAUUCAUCUUUAUAUAGCUACAUUGUUAGUUAAGAAAAAAGUAAGAGAUAAAUUGGAAUAGAGGAAGAAGUUUAUUUAAAUGAAAUAAUCAUGAGAUAUUACCGUUUUGAAUUGAUAGUUAAGAUAGGUUAUUUACGGAAUAAAAAAGGGUUUUAUUUUAUAUUAAUGAAAUAAACUAUGAAAUACA